UUCAUUGGUUAGCCGAAUAAAUAGGAAGUUGGCCAUUGAAAAAAUCAUUAACUAGUAAUAGGAAAAUGUUAUAUUUGACUAACUAAUUAAAUAUAUUGAGUAUCCCCUAUAUGUAUAGUGGAUACUAGUCAGUGUAUAGAAGUAUUAUAUUUAAUUAAUUAGUCAAAUAUAUUUGAUGACAUGUAUUGGUUGAUGAGUUAUUCAAAUUUUUUCAUUAUCGUCAUAAAAAAAACUGUAUUUGAUAAAACACUACUUGCUAUAUAUAAAAAGAUCAGGAAAGCCCUAAUUAUUAAUGCACCUCUUAUCCUGCACGCGGCAGAGCGAGUUAUAGGGAUCCUUUUCCCUUUUCUGAUUUCAUCGCUUCUAUAUAUGCAUGUGUAUAUUAGCUUUCAUUGUUCUUUACAGCAUCGCUUCUAUAUAUGGAUUCAAUGGCGAUGAAAAAAGUGAAAUAUUGGUCCAGAGAUGGAAUCAGUUCUCUUCCAGACGAGAUGCUUGCUCUGAUCUUGUCAAAUCUUCCCACAAAAUCAGCCGCUUCAACCACAAUCCUCUCCAGAAGAUGGAGAACUCUGUUCUCACUGAUGAAUCAUCUCUUUGCCUCUCAACACCAUCUCGAAUUUGACCAAUCGUAUUUCUUGUAUGGCAAGCAAGGUAAGAGACCGAGACAAAGCACACAAGGCGAGACUGAGGAAAGCUUCAGAGCUUUUGUUGAGAAAACACUGUCUUGUCGUAACAAACCUAUCAAGAAAUUCUCACUAAAAUAUCGAGAGGAUAAAGAGUACUACAUAGAUCAGACCAAUAGAUGGAUAUCUAAUGCCUUGGAACGAGGUGACUUGGACGAGCUUGAUCUUCGUAUAAAGACCACUUGGACUUGCCUCCCACCACGUCCCCUUCCUUGCGGUGUCUUCAAAAACAAGACUCUGGUUAAGCUGACAUUAGGAACAGAGCUUUGUGUUGGAACUGAAUCUCCAGAAGUGUUUCUUCCACUGCUCAGGACUCUCUUCCUCGACACAGUUUACGUUUUACGAGAGGACUUUUUGUCCUCCAUGCUUCAAGGUUGCCCACUUCUUGAGGAUUUAUCCCUGAUUUACGUUCACGUUAACCACGAAGAAGCUCCACCACAACCUAACUUUAUAUCCCACAAAACCCUCAAAAGACUCACAAUUCGAACACAUUCACAACUAUUCGAUUUCGACACACCGAGUCUUGUCGAACACGACUACUCUUUCAAUUCUAGAUGCUUUUCCGUAUCCGCCCGUUUCUUGUAUAUUGAUUCCCUUGUCAAAGCCCGCCUUGAUCUUGCUUUGGUGCAAGGAGUGAAAAGACAUCCCACACAAAACUGUAAUCUAUCGAAAGAAAUUGGUUUGAUGAGAAACGUUGACAUCCUUCACCUCACUUGUAGUACUGUCGAGAUUAUGUAUUCACUCCUUAACUAUUGGGAAGAGGGUUUGGACGGGGAUAGGUUCCCUUGGUUUGGAAACCUUGCUAAACUCACUUUCGAAACGAAAACAAACAGAGGCUGGAAAGUGCUUACAACGCUGAUCGAAAACACUCCAGAGCUAAAAAUUCUAGUCCUCAGGGGCUUGCACUGCAUCAUCGAUUGCAGUGUCUACGUGAAUGAGAAUAUAGUGGAGGUGCUAGAAAUACAUGGGUUUAGAGGAAGUGGUAAAGAACUGAGACAACUGCACCGUUUGUUGUGCCAAAUGGAUUGUCUUCAAGUGAUCAGAGUGGAAGUUGAUGCUGCCAUAGCCGAUGAUGACAAGAAACGGCAACUAACCAAGGACCUUCUUGCUCUUUCUAAACGUUACUCCAAAUGCCAAAUCCUUGUCUUGUGAGAUUUUAUUUAAAGUUAUGUACAUGUGUUUACAAACUAUGCUUUAUAUUAAUGAGAAUUCAA